UAGUUCAAAGAAGUGCUCUCUGCUAAUGAUAUCAAUAUAAAACAAUGUAAGUUAGAUCUAGGUCUAGACUUAGACCAACUAUUUAAUCUAUGACAAAAUUCUGCUUUCUUGUCAAGUAGGAAGGUUCAAACUUUAAGAAUUUUUCUCUAUCAUUCUCUCUCUUUCUAUAGAUGUGCUUAUUUCACAUCUGGUAUACUCCUAAGUUACGACACUAUUGACUCUAUCACAACUCCUAGAUUCCAGAUGUCCGACGCUCUGGGAGACUCCACUGCAUCUAACGUACCACUAGCUGCUUAUACAGCUAGAGACGCCACAGAGGCGAUAACAAGUAGACCUGUGUCUUCCUUGUCAAUAUUCUUACACGUUGUGACACUUCUCGAAGUCUUCCUUGGCGUGGUGCUCUGUUUGAUUCUGCUGAUUAAGACUUUGAUCCGACCACUAAGCAUAACAAAGUCACCGAGAACGUUAUCUGACAGACCUGUUAUAUACAGUUUGUGUUGUGGAGGUAUUCUAAUGUCGUGUCACGUACUUCCAAUUUAUGUGUGGCAACAAUUUCAAACGAGGACAGUGUCUAUUAGGACUUUAACAAAUGUCUGCUUUCUUCAGCUUGGACUGUUUCACCUUGGCUUCUGUCUAUUUUAUAUGUCACUGCUGUUAGAGCUUCACAGAUUGACCGAGAGGGUAUUUAAAGUCCAACAAAAGAGUCAUCUCAUGUGUCAGUUUCUAGCAGUCAUUGGUCUCCCUUCCCUCCUCAUGGUCAGCUACUUUGUUGUGUGGUACUUUUUUUAUUCGCACGACCCGAGGCACUGUUUGGUCUCCAGGCACCACGACUACAUUAUUAUACUCGAGAAAGUGGCCAUUCUGGCUGCACUUUAUCUUAUGGUACCUGUCCAUAAAGUGUAUCCCACCAAAGAUACCAUAUGGACGCUUAUUGCCCUGCUGAUUAGUUUUCUUGGUGGAGUGACAUUCUACGUCAUUAGGCUGUCCACCGAGUCUAUGGUUUCCUCAGCUGUGAACGCCAUUCUGGCUGAGACCCAUGUUUACAUAUACAUCGCCACCAUCGUCGUUGUCAACCUAUUUUUAAAAAUUGAAGUAUCAUCUGCUAAUGAAAUUGCUGAAGAUUUGCACGCGGAAAGUCGAUCUCGAAGUUUUAUAAAACUCUCGGGCCUUACCAGACGACUGUCUCGUUUAUCGAGGCACAUGUCGAUAGCGCCUUCCACAUCACAUCGGAGCCAAAGUGGCUUGGCUCUUCGUCCAACGGAGGAUGACCUACAGAAUCAGACUAUGUUCCAACGAUCUCUACGAAGACAAACUACAUCUGUCCCCACACCGAACGCUGACGCUCCCACAGUUGUGUGGUACUGACAAACUAUAGCAACCUACUGCCAAACAAAAAAUGGCCUGUGGAAUGAUAUGACGUACCUAUCAAAACAACAUUGAUAAUAUAGUCACUACAAGAAAUAUGUGAUUGUAAGCUGUUUUAACUAUUAAA